AUGUCUACCCGUGCCCUCCGCCCGCUCUCGUCGUCGGCCCGUGGCCCAGUCCGGUCGCGCAAGCGCAAGCUCGGGGCACCGUCCCCAGGCAUGGCGGCUUCACUCUCUGCCUCAACCUCGGCCAUGGGUGGUGCCUCUGCUUCUGCUGCUGCUGCUGCUUCUGCUACGUCUUCUUCCUCGACUACGGCUGCUCGGACUCUGGCGGCUGUCAAGCACGAUGUCGAUCGCUUUCUCUCCGCGCCAGACUUGCCCGGCCUUGUCGUGGCUGAGCAAGCGCUGCGGUCGACUCGGGCAGAGGCUGAUGAUGACAAGCUUGGACGUGAGGGGCACUCGCUGCCCCUGCCGACUACCCUGCCGCAGGCGUGGAAGCUUAUUCAACGGUAUGAGAUGACGGUGGGUACGCUCAAGAAGCAAAUCGCCGAGCUCUCGGCUGCCGCCGACCGCAUGGCUCGCAUGGACGAGCUGGCUGGCUCGCAGGAGCUGGCUGGUCUCCGGGCUCAGCUAGCGCGGAUGGCCACCCGGGUUGAAAAAGCCCGCAUGGACGCGAGCGAGGCCCGUGCCGGCGAUGGCGACGCACUCAAGCAGGCGCAGAUCGAGAUCGAGGAUCUGAAGUCGCAGCGCCGCGCGCUGAUGGACACGCUGAAGGAGGCCAAGGCUAGCGCGGCCACUGAGGCUGCAGAGGCUGCCGAUGCGGUGGCUGCGGCGCAGGCCCGCGAGUCCAGUCUUGCUGAGCGGGUGGCACAGCUCGAGUCGGAGCUUGCCACCGCCGCCCACGCCGCCGACGCCGCCAAGCACGAUGCCGAGCUCGCUGCGCGUGCGGCUGCCGCUGACAAGGAACUGCUCAACAUGCAAAUUGAGCAGGUGACUCGCGAGCGGCAAGAGGCCAGUGCGCGUGCGGCCGAGCUGACGCCAGCGCUUACACGGGUCGCCGAGCUCGAGGCCGAGCUUGAGCGCCUGCGCCUUGCGUCGUCGCGCGACGCCGACGCCGCCGCUGACGCCGCCACCCUGCAGGCUGAGCUUGCUCGCCUUUCGAACCUGCAGGCCCAGGUUCACGAGCUCGAGCGGACAAACACGGCGCUGGCGGCCAAGGCCCAGAACACGGCGCUGCUCGAAGAGCGGGUCGAGAGCCUGCAGGCUGCGGCCGGAACCGCCGACGCGCUUCGUGCGGCGCUCGCAGAUGCCAAGGCCGCGGUAGCUAGGCACGAUGAAGAGCGUGAGGCCUGGGCAACGCUCCUCCGUGAGCGCGACUUGCUGAGCUCGUUCCCGACGCCCGCAGCCAUCGUGGCCCACCUUGUCGAGCUGCAGGACACGGUGCUCCACCUCAAGUCGUCGUCGUCAACGAGCUCAACCCAGCUCAAGCUGAAGGACACCCACACUGACGCGCUCACGGAGCAGCUCAUUCACGCCAACCAGCAAGCCGAGAUGUACGCUGCGGCACUGGCUGAGGCACAGGCGGCUCUGAAGCGGGCCGAGCGGGCGACUCGAGUGGCGAGUGCCGAGCGCGACGGAUACAAGAACAUGCUCGCGGCGUACGAGGACGACGACGGUGAGGCUGCCGAGGACGCGGCGCGCAAGGACGAGUCCAAGGUUCCCGCGCUCAAGGCCAUGGUCUCGGCGCUCGAGACACAGGUUGCCGAGCUCAGCGCCGAGCUUAAGCAGGCGUCGGAAGCACAGCGGACGGCACUCCGCCGAGCGCAGGUCGCCGAGGCGCAGGCUGACUCGGUCGCGCCGGCACCAGUCCCGAUGGACCUCACAGGCAGCUUUGCACCGUCGCGGUCGCCAGUCAAGGGCGCAGGCGGCGAAGCUGGGUCCGGAACGGUGGCGGCGAGCGAGAGUGAGCUCGCACGAGUCCGUGAGGAGAACCUCGUGCUCAAGGCCGAAAAUGAGAAGCUCGGCGCAGCCCUCCUCAAGGCCGAGACGCUAGCGGCCAAGCUCGAGGCUGCGGUCGGAGCUGGCUCGUUCAACGCCAAGACAACCAAGGUUCUGCACUUCAAGUCGAAUCCGGCAGCAGCAGCGGCCAAGGCGGCGGCGGCGGCGCAGGAGCGCGAGCUCGACGAGCUCCGUGCGGCCAACAAGGCGCUGAAGGAGGCGCUGGUACAGCAGCAGAGCGGGGCGGCGUCGCCGAUUGCGCCACAGGCGCCGCACAUUGCUCAGCUCCGCGAGCGGGUCAACGAGCUCGAGGUGGCGCUGGCGCAAGCGGCGACCAAGAACACUCGGCUCAAGGAGGUCUUUGCCAAGAUGUCGGCCGAGUUCAAGGAGGUGACGUACCUGCUCCUCGGCUUCCAGAUCGACAUGAAGGACCAGGGCCGGUACCGACUUCGGUCGAUGUACGCCGAACACAAGGACGACGUGCUGUACUUUGCCAAGUCGGACGAGGGCACGAUGCACUUGCUAGAGACGCCGUUUGCCGCCUCGCUUGGUGACGAAGUCGAUGCCUACCUCCGGCGCUGCCACUCGAUCCCUGCCUUUCUCUCGCAUGUCACGACCAAGCUCUUUAACUCGCUCACGGUCCAGCCGUGACCGCCUGAGCGUACGCCGUGCCCCGCAUCGCACCUGCUCACUGCGCGAAAAACGCGAGAUGGCCGGCUGUGCCCGCUGCGGCAGCGGCUUGUGACGCUUGGCGCCGGACUUUGCCCUGCGGAGCUUGGACGCCGCGGACCGCACUAUGUGCGUGUUGGACGGCGCCGCCGUGGUUCGCCAGUCAGAUCCACAACCACGACCUCGGCGCUGGCAGCGCUGGGCUUGGUCGCCUCGGGAGCAGUCCGCUUGCGCUUGGAUGGCACGGGAGGGGCAGGCUGAACAGGCGGCGCGGGUGGUGGGCUAAACGAUGCCAUGAGCUCGGGAGCAAUCGGCCGUGAUGCGGCUCUGCUCUGGGAGGCCAUCUCGAACGGCGACGCCGGCUUGGCCUUGGCCUUGGCCUUGGUCACCAGCGAGGCCGCGGAUGCAAAGGG